AUGAGUGAUACCGGGGCUGGGUUGACGUGUCACACCGCGCCGGGCGUGGUGUUCGAUACCAUGGAUGCGCUGAAGCUGCAUUACAAAUCGGAUUGGCAUCGGUACAACUUGAAGCGCGGCGUCGCCGGUUUGCCGGUGGUCGGGAAGGACUUGUUCGACCGCGUGAUGACGCAAGCGGCGGCGCAGGAGGCGGCGAGUAAGAAGAGGUCAGAAGGAGGGACGGCUAAGGCGGGAAAAUCGCAUCUGAAGCGCAAGGAUGAGCUUCCGAGAAGCGUGUUGCGGGCGCAGCGAUUCGAGAAGUGGGCCGAGGCGCACAAGGAGACGCUGGCCAAGGUGGACGCGUACAUCGCGCGGGGAGAAGAGGUUCCGGAGGCGUUGUUGGAUGAAAUCUCGCGACGACGAGGCGAAGAGGAUGACGACGACGACGACGUGGACGAGUACGAUGGUGAAUGGGAAGAAAUGGACGAAGAUGAAACGCAAGAGGCGCUGGCGAACAUCGAACGCGCCGCGCAAGAGGCGGAGAGUAGCGAUGAAGAUAUGGACGAUGACGCCCCGGCAUUUUCCAUGGAAGAACUCACGAAUGGUCCAGUGCGUCUGGCCGACAACGGCUACGAACUCAUCAUUAUCGGCGCCGAUGGAAAGGCAAAGCGCAUCGGUCCGCGAGAGUUUCGACGAUACUACAAGCAAAAUCACCGUCCGAGCGACAGUCGCGAUUCUGUUCGCGCCAACGCUCGACACGCCGGCAUGCAAGUUUCAAGCGACGGCGUUUGUCGUGGUAGUGGCGGUGGAAUCACUCGCAGAGACUACCCGACGUUGCCAACCCAAAUUUCCUUGGUGCACCGUCGAGCGCAGCGCGCCUUGCGCAAGUACCAAGGCGACCUCAUGGUCAUGGGUGGAAGCGCGAACAAGAAGUUUGACAUGAGCGGCCGCAAUGCCAAGACCAAGCUUCCGAAGGCGUGCCCGUAUUAA